AAAUGGCCGCUUCGGGAGGAAAUAUCGAAUGGUCAACAACGAUAAAACCAAUAUUAACAGCACUUUACGGCCCGUUUUUCGACAAAAACGAUGCCGUGGAAAUCAUACAAGCGAUCAUCAAAAGUGAGAGUGAGUUCCAGAACCAUGAAGAUAUCUAUGAUCUGUUCUACACAUGCUUUGCAUGCCUAUCUGCACACUUCAUUAGCAUCAAUGCUAACAAUUUACCAUCAGACCAACUGACCACCGCGCGUGAUGCAUUCAGAGUCAUACUCAGACAAAUACUAAAGAAAUUGUCGGAAGCUGGAGUCAGUUGCGAUGACAACACUACCACUGCUGCACCUAAUGUGUCUGUCAAACAGUUGCUACUCCCCAUUGUGGGACUUUGUGGAAUUGACGGAGGGGGCUACCCUCAAUCUGACCUAGUUAUAUUGACAUCUUUACUCAAGAAUGCUAAAUUACCGGCUCAUGUCACAGUACCAGAGCCACAAACCCCAAAAUCAUCAGUGAUACCGAGCCCAAUAACAUCUCUAGCAUCUCAAGCCCCAACUACUGAGAAACAACAGCCGUCGAAUGCCCAGCGCCGUUCUGAUGCCCUGCUGGAGACGUUGACUGCGCCAUUACGGAAUCCAGUGGCUUCGAUGACGUCAUCACAGGCUCUACCCACUGCAGCAGUCAUGUCGCCCGGGAGUAAAGAUAGUCUGGAGAGCACCAAAGAGAAUGCUUCGCAACAGGCUAACGCUGAUAUGAAGAAAUGGGUGGCGUCAACAUGCGCCUCGCUACUUAUGGAGCUACGCGCAGGCAGCGUGGUGUUGAAGGUGUGCUGCACGCUGCCCUGUUUGCAGCGUUAUCUCAACCGCUGGCAAUCCGCCAAGGAGACUUCCGUCGCGCCACAGUUCAACUCUGAUGCUUCACUACUCCACUUUUUGGUGAACGAGGUGAUAGUGUGUCGGCUGGCGCUGUCGCUACCGUGCCUAGAGCCGUUUACGCCUGAACGCAUCGCCAAAUUGAGUGACGUCAGCACUUCCUGGCUCCUUUGCGCUACUGCACAGGCGUCGCUGCACCCAAAAGAUGAAGAGAGCGAACAGCAAACAGCUACCCUCGUUGAAAGUGCACUCAGCCUAUACAACACUGUUGGAGAAACAUUCAAACAUUCUACUCGUGCUGGUGGAUAUGUUUACCAAAACCACCUUAUGAUCGGUGGCUGGGUGCUGCUGUGCGGUCUUCACCACGCGCUCGCCGGUGCACCUGUACAAUCAACCUCUACGGGCAAGAGUCCCGCUAAGACGCCUUCUAGGCCUUACAACUUAACCAAAAUGCAACAAGGCCUAGGUGUGGUAUGGGUGGCACUAGGCGGCAGGUGUCUAGCAUGGGUGGGCGCUUUGCUAGCAGAUGCGCGAUUGGAAGCGCUAUCGUGCGGGGAUGUCACUAGUCAGUCGGCUGCGCCGUUGCACAUCCUCGCGCAACAUACUGCGCAUCAGCGAGAAUUAAGGCUUGCGCAGGCCGCGCCAUUACACCAGCUUUUGGUAGCCCUUGGCGUAGUGUGCUACCGCAAGGCGACGAAUCUCAAGCGCGCUGUGGUACAAAAGCAGCACCAGGACGCCGACCCCGACCGCUCUGACUCCACUGUCUACUUCCAGGACAUGAUCCUCUGCUCAGAGGACUCGGAGACUGACGAUGACAGCGAGCCCCUUUUCGGGCUGUGGUUCGAGUCGACACUAGUGGCGCCGGACGCAGCGGACUCAGGUCUCGUACGCGCAACCGCCGGUGCAGAUAACGCGGACUCGGCGGAUACGCCGUCGCGCCCACACCAGGCUAUUGUGCCAGAUAAGGCUGAACCUUAUUCUUACAUAGCGUUAGCGACGGAAGUGUUCACGCUGCUCACGCAAGAGAUCAUCAGCGAAGGCUCUGAACGGCUUGGUCAGACAUCUCUACAGCUGCACGAUGCUCAUCAAGCGCUGCUUGCCGCGCUUGCCAAGGAUCUCGACCGUGAGACAGCUAGAACUGAUACUGGUACAAUCUCGACCUGUUUCGGCGCGCGUCUCGGUGCCCUAUACACAACUUUCAGUUCGGCGUUAGUACGCUAUCUGCACAACCUGACUGGGGCGCCGGCAUUCGUCGCACUACAGCCUGCCUUACACCAGCAACUCAUUUCAGCUGGCUCUGAGAGGAGCAAUAUGACCCCGCUACAGGUUGGACCUCGCGUAGUCAAGCUGCUAGGCAGUAUGGUGCUGAGUAAAUCAGCGGCAGAGCGCGAAAAUAGCAUCCUAGCGAUGUGGCACAAGAUCGUCAACACGCUUCAAGAGUGCGCUCUGCAGUCUCAACCUUCGCAGGAUCACGAUUAUGAAGAUUUGAAUGUGGAACAUGCACAACUACUGGUCUACCUAUUUCAUUCACUGACCCUCAUGCAGAAGAAAUCUGUUCUGCUCAUGACUUCCAACGCUAUUAUCAAAGUCGUGGAAACACUAGCAAUAAGUGACAGGAAGAAAUCUAUGACAUUGGCCCCUCACCAAUUAAUGCUGACUACCAGACUCAUGUUACUUCUGGAGUACCUCAUGAAGCAUCUGUAUGACGCUCCACAGACUUUGCUACAACAGAUUGAAUGGAAUCUCGUUAUAGCUCCCGGUCUAGCUCAGCCGUCAGUGGACACUAAUUCUGGCACAAAAACUACCACAGACAGUGGGCUAUUGAAAGCGCGCAUCUACUGCGAAGUGCCGUAUAUCGAAAUGUCUUACAGACGUCAGACCCAGGAUGAGACGUCAAUGAGACCAAAAUUUUAUUCGCUUACUAAUGCGGAAAUCAACAAUCAGGAAAACCCCAAAUUCGACGGCUUAGCGUGCAACUUCGUGCUUGGUACACCACAUAAGUUAAAAUACCCGUUACUAGUGGACGCACUGCUAGCACUAUUGAACUCUGCGUGCGUCUGUGACAAUGUUCAGUACCAUUCGUCACCCGCCGCCUUAGCCGCGGCGCAUUACUGCUUCCAAACUGCAUGGAGGCUCGUAAUAAGCAUGCCACCUGCAACGCCACACAUGGACAAGCUGCAAGCGGGCACAGCUGCAGAUUUGCCCUCCCCACUUCCUUUGCACGCAGUCAUUUGGGCACCCAGGGCGGAUAAUAAGAAAGUGUUCAACCCUUGGCUGAAGGACGCUCUCGUUAAACAGGGCAUGUAUACUCAGUACGCGGAGAAUUUGCUGGCGGGAGUCAGCGCAUCAUGUGACAAUAUCAAGUACACGGCCUGGCUUGCAUCACAGACAAUCAAACAUUUAAAAUCAAACCUCACUCCUAGCGGUCUGCCAUCAUUAUUGGAUGUAAUAUCUUGCGACUCCGCUCUCGUGAGGUUAAAGGUGUGCCUGGCAGACACCGCCUCAGCGACAGAGGCUCAUCAAUUCAUGCCCGAUCUCUUGGAGUUGUUGGAAACUGUAUUAGACUGCUGCCGAUUGAGCGCAGGUCUUGAACUAUCAUCUCUAAUGGAGAACACAAACAACCCAUCGGAGAUGGCUGUAAACGUAGUUCGUCUACAAGUGUGCGCACUGGCUGCGUGCACUGCGUGCGUUAGUGGCAACGGGGGAGCGGCAGGUCCGGGGGGCAACACGUCCCCUCCCGCGCUGGGUGCAUGGUUGCGCGCGCAUCUGCCGUCGAAUGCGGCAGCUGCUUUGGAACGAUUGGCUUCUCCACCGCCUCUUGCAUGCAUCAAUCUUGCAUUUUAUGCAUCCCACAUAAUACCAUCAGAGAGUGCUGUUCUGAAUCUCGUCUCGUCUCAUUGCGAACUAAUCAGCACGACUCAUAACAAGUACUCCAUUGGCCCGUCGCUCAUGAUGCUGGCGUAUUCCGCCGCUAAGCUUCUCGAAGUGGGUGCAAGUAAACUCGCCGAUAAUCCGGAACUUAUGAAGAAGACUCUUGACCUCAUUGUACCGGCCUUGACUGACGGCCGUCUCGAGUUCAUGUCAGAACCACUUGCAGCAACCCUGAACACAUUAGUACCACAACCUCCAAAGGCUGAACAAUUAGUUCACGAACAUAUUCUGAGAACUACAUACACUGUACUUGUAGACCACUUGCAACCGUCUACAGAGAAGACUCUGCGGCAUGUAGUGAAAUAUUGGGAGAAGAUUCUGGAUCGUCCAGCUGGUAGACUGGCCUAUGAAGCUGUUUUCUCUGACAAUUCUGGCUAUUCAUUAGGCAGAAUUCUGCUGACAGCUCCAAAUGCGAGAAACCAUUACACAGAGCGGGUCAUUAAAUUAUUCAUCAAAAUAUUUUCCGGAUGCGAAAGUUCGGAAUUGAGCAGCAAGCUCUGUAUCUCUGUGUGCAAGUACGUCGGCGUUGCGGAUCAGCAAAAGCUUGGCAGUCUUCUCGCUCAUAUCUGCUUGGGCACGCCUUCGUCAACGACAGCUAGCGCAGGCACAGCCAAUGGUACUCCUACAGAAACAGAACUUCCGACUCCUACAUCAUCUGCACCUGAAACCGGCGGUAAUCCAGCCUCAUUGGCCCUAAGAAAUGCACUACGUAGUGUAUUCCGUACUGAAAGUGAUUCAACACAGCGGAAUGAGAACACCGCGCAACGCAGUGAGGAUCUGCCCGUAUUUGAUACACCUUCGCCCGCGCCGAGAGCUCAGUCAGAUACAACUCAGCAAGGCAACUCAGGAAAUAGUUGGUCGGAUGGCACCAAAGACAACGGAGCCCCAACCACUGCCGUCGCGGUUAACAACGAACCGCAAUCGGCUCCAUUGACUGAAACAAAUGACAACGCCGUUCUUUUAUCUGCUAUUUGCAAACAUGUGCAGCAUCAUUGCAGCGAAGACGUGAGCGAACGCAUGCUAACUACAUUGAUCAGCGUAUGCGGCGAGAGUGUAGUUUCGCCUCUCCUAUUGAGAGAAAUGUGCCGCCUCGCAGAUGCUCAUACUGGCACUGACCACCGGCAGCUGUUCCCGGCCGCUGUCAACUGGCUUUCUACUUGUGUUGAAAAUCUAAGUAGCCCAGAAGUCCUUGAAAAACUGGAAGAAGGUCAGGUGGACGGAAACCUCGCGCCACAAAUUGAGUCCGCCUGUGUGCUACUGUCGUAUCUCGCAGACGCUUUGCAUUCUAUAAACACUACACAGCCACAUACGUGGCGCUCGGUCAGUCCCACGUGGGAGUCACCAUCGGAUCUCGGAUUCGAUUUCGACUACACUGAUGAACAACAGGACGAUGAUGACACUAGUGCGGAUGAUUCUGAUGAGGACGCAAUGCUCCAAUACAAACUCUGCACUUUCACGGUAACGCAGCGCGAGUUCAUGAAUCAACAUUGGUACCACUGCCACACAUGCAAGAUGGUGGACGGUGUAGGUGUAUGCACAGUAUGCGCAAGAGUCUGCCAUCGCGGUCAUGACGUUUCUUAUGCCAAGUUUGGAAACUUCUUCUGUGAUUGUGGAGCAAAACCUGAUUCUAGCUGUCAAGCUUUAGUGAAACGUUCAGUGUCCUUGGGCGCCAACCGCAGCGCGAACGGUGGCACUGAAGAAACUCCACCAGCCCCAUCUCUGCGUCGACGACCAUCGAGCCCCACUCCGCCCACUCUAUUAGCCCCUCCGCGCCGGCCCGUACUCGCUUCAAAUAUCCAAGGAUGUCGCCCAUUCCUGGUGUCAUACCCCGGAUGGGGCGUAUGUAUGGAGCGCGUGCGCGUACUCCUUGGAGCUUUAGCGGGUGCAGUCCGCGCGGCGUGCUCGCGUAAUGCAGCUGUAGGAGCCCAUACGAGGGCACAGCGAGCUUUAGCACAGCUGCAUCUCGGUGAAAAGAAAUUCACGCAUACUGAUACACUCAUGCUGCCUACACUCGGGUCUCAAGAAGGAGCUUUUGAGAACGUGCGCAUGUCGUACACCGGCGAGAACGGGCAGACGAUCCGGCAGUUGAUGUCCGCACACAAGCUGCGCCGCGUCGCGAUGUGCUGCCUCGCUUCGCCGCACGGACGCCGCCAGCACUUGGCUGUGUCACACGAGAAAGGCAAAAUCACCGUUCUGCAACUGUCAGCGCUGUUGAAACAAGCGGACUCUUCCAAGCAUAAGCUGACGCUGACUCGCCUCUCGUCCGCUCCGAUUCCCUUCACUGUGUUGAGUUUGAGCGGCAAUCCAUGGAAUGAGGACCUUCUGGCUGUAUGUGGUUUAAAGGAAUGCCAUGUAUUGACCUUUAAUAGUGGUGGUGCGGUAGCCGACCAUCUUGUACUGAGCACUGGUCUGGAAGGAAAUAACUACAUCAUCAAAGCUAUAUGGCUGCCGGGCUCGCAGACGCAGCUCGCGCUCGUCACCUCCGACUUUGUCAAGUUAUUCGACUUGAGCAAGGAUCUGAACAAUCCUUUGCACCACUUCCUUGUGCCGAGUGGGAAGGUUCGCGACGUAACAUUCGUGAACCAGGACGGCAUAAUGCACAUGCUGUGUAUGAGCUCAGCUGGGCACAUUUACUGGCAGCCUAUGAGUGAGGAGUCACGAGCCUCGCUCGGCACCUUCUAUGUCACAAAUACGCUCGAAGUUCUGCAUCCAGAGAUACAGGACGUAGCAGGUCUCGUAGGUGGCGGUGGCGUAUCAAUUUACUACUCACACACGUUGAAGAUGCUGUUUUUCUCAUACGCGCAAGGCAAGAGCUUCUUAGCCCCGCUCAACACCGUAGAGGAGAGCGUCAAAGGAACAGCAAUGAUCACCUUAUCAGCAACAUCAACUCAAAAAGAAGGCGGAGGUCGUGGUGGUGGCAAACAAGGUGGAGUGCAGUCGUUAUGCCAAUGGGCUGAAGUACCUGGACACCCAGGACUCGUGACUGCAGUAAUGCAAGCCUCGAACAACCCUGUUGUACUCAUGUUAACGCCUACAAACAUAUACGUUCAGGAGAUCAAGGUUGUGCCAGCUAAAGCGAAAAUCACUGAUAUGGUAGCAGUCCGCCAUUGGUGCGGCGGUGGCGGUGAACAAAAGAGUACUCUGAUAUUACUAUGUGAAGAUGGCAGUCUUCGUAUGUAUGCAGCUAGUCAAGAACACACGGGAUAUUGGCUAUCACCUGCUAUUCAACCAACGCAUGCCCCGCGACGACGACCGCGUCUUAUCACGCAUCACGCUAAAGGAAAAACACAACAGGCUGCUAUUAAAUCCAAUGCAAACGGAGCACCACAGUUCCCGAUCGACUUUUUCGAGCACUGCGUAGCCAUGACUGACAUCGAAUUCGGUGGCAACGAUUUACUGCAAGUCUACAAUGUGGCACAAAUCAAACAUCGCCUCAAUACAACCGGAUUGUACGUUGUAUCUACAAAGAUGAGCGGUUUCUCCAUGGAAGUAAUCAACUCUGAUCCUAACAUGGUGAUUUGUGGUAUUCGUGUCUUGCUUGGAAGCCAAGACGUAGCUAAAACACCGGCUUAUGUUGAAGUGUACGGUCGUACUAUUCAAACUCUGGUAACACGAAAUCGAUGGUUCGACAUCCCGUUGACUCGAGAAGAGUCACUGCAAUCUGACAAAAAGCUUGUCAUUAAUUUUGGACCUUCGCAAGACCCUGAUGGAGUUACCAUGGUAGACUCUGUUAAGGUUUACGGCAAAAAUAAAGAGCAAUUCGGAUGGCCAGAAGAGAAUGAAGAUCCGUCUGCAUGUCCAUCGUCUAGCAAGGUAACUCAGGAAUCCGAAGGAAGUGGCGGCGUAUGGAAGCCAAGUUCCCUUGAGCGUUUAGCAUGUGCCGCGUUGGAAGCUCUAGAGCUCGGUGCAGGUGCGCCGGUGACGUGCGGUGCGGCCUCUGGGGCUGAAGGAGGGGCGGAGGCGGCGAGGAAGCUCUUGUGUGCGCCUGCCAGUGCCCAUCUUCAUGCUAGGGCGCAGUGUCUCUUAAGAGCUGUGUACCAUACCCACUAUCAUCAAUUCAAGGACCAAGCAAUACUGAAAUACGUAUGCGCAUCACUACAAGAGCUUCGGGAUACGACAGACGCGUGCAAUAUAGAUCCCGAGGCGUACUUCCGACUCGUCCUGCUAGCCAGGGGCGUAGCUGUGGCGCGACCUAACAAUCUCGUCAAGUUCACUGCUCCGACUCCACCAAAACCUGCUAAUGGAGAAUGGUCGACUUACUGGAAAGGCGACUACCAAGAAGUCAAAGAUCAAGAGCCGCAUCUAUGCGCGUUAUUGACCAGCGUGCUGUGGCGCUUGGCCGCCUGUCGGUCCGCUACGGGCGGCGCACCAGGCAUACUGAGCUAUGGUUUACGUCACGCUGACCAUACGUUGCAUGCAUUGGCUGAUACUGUACACGCUUUCCAACUUAAUGCCGAUCCUGAUUGUAUUGACUUCGGUAACCAAAUCUACCUAUCUCUUCUACUGGCUGAAGACCAAAGCAUAAGCUUCGGCGCUAAAACUGCGCUAAUGAGAGUGCUACGUCCGAGAGUCAAGAGGCGUCGUGUGUACAUACCUUCGCCACCUAAUACACCUGGAACAGGGCCCGGUUCAUCAGUUACAACAGCUCAACCGACGAGCUCCAUCACAGAGGCUGUGGUCUCCGAGUCUGACCUGAGCGCCAACCGCGACGAGCAACAAGAUCAACAGUUUAUGGACGUCGACGACUCGCUUGAGCCUAUGGUUCUUCUUGCGCCUGAUGGAGGCUUAGAAGCCCUGCUGGACAUCCCGCCGGAUGCAGACGACGAGACCAUGGUAGAGUUGGCAAUAGCUUUGUCGCUACAAGAACAGCCUCGUCGCGCCCCACCCGCGCCGUCGGCCCCUCCCCCGCCGGCACCUGGCUUUAGUGACGCCACCGCGUCCCCGCCUGGUUCCGAUGACGAAGGCAGCACAGCGGCUACAGACGGUAGUACGCUGCGAACGUCGCCCGCCGAACCGCCAGGUUCCGCCGGCUCUGAAAGCGGUGGCUCUGGUGCAGAUAGCAUUGGAGGAGUUUCGGGGCGAAGCAGCGCAUAUGGCGAGAUGGUAUCGGCUCCCUCUACGGGAACGAUGCCUCCUACUAAUACUGUCGUAGCUCCUGUUGUCGUAGCAGCGGGUCCAUCAACAUCGAACACACAGCCCGUGGCGUCAACGUCACGCACCAUGGAAGCAGAGAGCGAAACCCGUAAACUUCACGCUUUGCGUUUAUCUCUACUAUCAGCUGCACUGGAUGCCCUGCCUACGCUCAGGACUUUGCCUGGAGUACGCGCUAUACCUUUCGUUCAGGUUGUCCUCAUGCUAGCUGGUGAUCUUGACUCGAGUGUCGAAGGCGACCGCGCGGUUCUAGAACGACUCCUAGAAUUAUUGGUCUCCGAACUUGACAUUCAACCCCCCGCAGACUCACUAACAGAGCAACCUCAUGAAGAUAAGCAGGAACUUCAACAAGCUAUUGCGAAGCUGGAGACUCUUGUGUCAGAUAUGGAUACACAAGACGAUUUGUCACCACCUGUGCAUGAGCGCACUAACAGGCGUGAACUUCAGCUGGUUAUCAUGAGAUUGUUAAGUGUCCUCAUGGCCCGAUGGAAGACAGCAGCCAGCGGCGGCCCCGCCACUCGCGCCGAGGUGUCGGGCGCUGCGUGCGCCGCCCACGUGUCGCGCCUCGCCGCGGCCGCACUCGUCCGCGCCGGCGCACCGCAACACUGCUUCAGAAUCCUAUCCGCCCUUCUUCCAUAUUGGAAGGAGAAGACUUCUAACGCUGGAAGUACUCCACCUGGUCAACAGUUGCUGAAACCACAGCCGCCACUACCUCUACCUGAUAUGCAACCGUUCUUUGUCAAAGAGUAUGUUAAAAGUCACGCCUUAGACGUGUUCGACAACUACCCACAACUACUAAUGGAGAUGGCUUUACGCCUGCCCUGUCAAAUUCACAAACACUGCGAUCCUGCGCACUUCGAUGCGCGCUGGCGCACUUUGCUCUGCGAGUAUAUGAUGAAUCCACAGACUCCUCUAAGAAAACAAGUCCGUAAACUACUGUUACUUUUGUGCGGAACCCGCGAGCGGUACCGUCAACUUCGGGACGUACACGCUCUCGAUACGCACCUGAACGCAGCACGUGCACUGUUGGCCACCGAUCCCGCGUAUGACAAGCUUGUUCAGCUCAUGGAACACCUCAAGGCGUGCGCAGAGAUAGUGAGUGCGCGCACGGGCAACUGGCAGCACACAUGCGUGUCGGAGAGACGUGAAGCACUGGCGUGGCUGGCGUGCGUGGCCCGCCGCGUGCACCCGCACGUUGCACCCACUGUGCUGCAGCUACUGCAGUGCGCGCUCUGCGCCCCCGCCUCACCCAACCAGCACGCCCCGCAAAACAACGCCCGUCAGGAAAGCAAAAGCUCAUCGGAUUGGCCGGAGCGUGAGCGUAGCGCCGAUAGUGAUGCCUACAUAUCUGACGGUUCCAAAUUCCAAGAGCAAAGAGUACCACAACUGGUACAGCAGAUUCUGAAACAGGUGUCACAAGAUGAACUGAAAUUGUUCGUAAAAGCUUUCCUUUUGGAAACCAAUUCUACUUCCGUUCGUUGGCAAGCGCAUGCCUUGCUCCUCGCUAUUUAUAACAACUCAUCCCAAAGUGAUCAGGCGUCUUUGGUCUCACUGCUAUGGAGUAUCUGGCCCACUCUACCGCAGUACGGCCGUAAAGCUGCACAGUUUGUUGACUUGCUCGGAUACUUUACGUUGAAGACCCCUGACAUAGACACUGAGAAAAACGUGGGCAGUGCCGUAGAUCUCCUUCGCAAUCAGAACCAACUGCUUUCCUCCCACGGAAAUGCUGCCCUAUACGCCGCUCUCGGUGCCUUUGUUGAGCUGGACGGCUACUACUUGGAAUCUGAGCCUUGCCUCGUGUGCAACAACCCUGAAGUACCAAUGGCUACCAUUAAGCUGCCUACUAUAAAGAUUGACUCCAAGUUCACAACAACAACACAAAUAGUGAAACUGGUGAACAGUCACAUGAUCAGCCGCAUCAGCUUGCGCAUCGGCGAUAUCAAACGCAGCAAGAUGGUGCGCACCAUCAACUUCUACUACAACAACCGCACCGUGCAAGCUGUGCAAGAACUCAAGAAUAGACCAGGAAUGUGGCACAAGGCGAAACGCGUUCAGCUCCAGUCUGGUCAAUCAGAGGUUCGCGUUGACUUCCCUCUACCGAUUGUGGCUUGCAACUUGAUGAUGGAAUACGCAGACUUCUACGAAAACCAGCAAGCUACCGGUGAAUCGCUUCAGUGUCCAAGAUGCUCUCAAUCAGUGCCUGCAAACCCAGGUGUUUGUGCUAAUUGUGGCGAAAAUGUUUUCCAAUGCCACAAGUGCAGGGCAAUAAACUAUGACGAAAAAGAUCCCUUCCUCUGUCACGCUUGCGGAUUUUGCAAAUACGCGAAGUUCGAUUACACUUUAACGGCAAGGCCUUGCUGCGCUGUAGAUACCAUCGAAAACGACGAAGAGAGGAAGAAAAUGGUACAAACUAUCGGAGCUCUGCUCGACAAAGCUGACAGGGUGUAUAGGCAACUGGUGUCUAAUAAACCUGUAUUGGAGUCUCUACUCCACAAGAUAAGCGAACAUCGUCUGGAGGGCCGCGCCGGUGACGAGAACAGCAACGCGAGCAAUACGUCAUUCAGUGGAGCUCAGAUCAACCGCGUCAUUCAGACGCUGGCGCACAAGUACUGCGUAGAUAGCAAGGGACACUUUGAAGACUUGUCUAAGAUCAUACAGAAGGUGCUUGCUUGCAGGAAAGAACUAGUGUCCUAUGACAGAUCUCAGAGUGAACAACUCAAGGGCGACGCUUUGCCGGUAUACGCUGGUUUGGUGCAAAAUUAUGAUGGAGAUCUUACAAAAGAGUCCGGCGGGGGUUGCUACGGGUGUGCUCUAGCCUGUGCCGAGCAUUGUCUUACACUAUUGAGGGCAUUGGCCUCUCAGCCAGAACAUCGAACACGGCUUUGUCGCUUCGGACUUGUGCAGGAAUUAGUGCAGCACAAUUUGCAUCGUGGUACUCCACAGGUACAUUGCCAAGAAGAAGUGCGAGCUUUAAUUUGCCUUGUAACUCGAGACAAUCUGCCAGCUACGGAGCAACUAUGCAACCUUCUGACACAACGUAUUACGCUGUCUCUCAUGGGACACGCUGCGUCUCAAGAUCACAAUAACUCCGUGCGUCCACUAGUUUUACUCCUCGGAUCGCUAGUGAAAGUGCAAGACUCAGUCGAAUGUUGGGAAGCGAGGUUACGAUGCAUCGUCAAGCUAUGGGUGUGGUGCUGUCCGCAGCUGACCGAAGUGGCAGGCAUAGCGCCGGCCGCUACCUCCAUACUCAAAGCUGAGGCUUUAGCUGGAAUACCAGGGAUUAACUCUUCGUCGCCUAACUCUCAUCAAUUCGCUUUACAACAAGUGGCGUUGCCUUGCCUCCGCUACAUGCAAGAACUGAUGGCGCCUGUCGCUCCGGCCCCUUCUAUCACUUCGGCCGACACAGAUCAAUCGAAAGAUACUAAGGAAAGCGCAGAGAAAACGGCAGCAACACCACAAUCUAGUGCCUUCGCGUCUUCAACUGGCAAUGUGGUAGUAGAUUUAGCGGCGUGGCUGGCAGGUCGUGUGCAGCACAAAGAGUGGCGUCGAUUGGUUGCGGUGCGGGAGCCCCCGCCGACAGAGGGCACGCCCUAUCCACCGCGGGAUAAACAUCUCGCGUUCAAGUACCUUGCCAAGUGGCGUGAGCGUAUGCUGUUCUCGCACGGCAUGCGACCACUGGCCCUCGAAGAUGGCGGUUGGCUCCGCCCGGUGAUGUUCGACCCAAGCUCUCGCAUCGCUCGCGACACAGCCUGUCAGAUGAUCCGUUCCCUCUGCGAUUCUUACGAACGAACCAAAGCGGUGCUCAUCUUGCUGACCAGCUUCCUCCCUGCAGUCGGCGCUGCGGGAGAAGCUAGCGAACAGUUCUUGCAGCUUUAUCAGACUUUGGCAUCGGAAGCACCUUGGAAACAAUUCCUGGCUCUUCGUGGCGUACUGCAACAAAUAGCCGAUUUGAUGACUAAAGAAAUUGACCAGCUACAUCGUCUAGAAGAAACUACACUUACCUCGGACUUGGCUCAGGGCUACGCUCUGAAGCGUUUAACGGAGCUACUUGCUAUGUUUUUGGAAGAGCCCGGUGCGCGCCGCACGUAUAAGGGAAGGCUUGUGGGCUGUGUGCUUGGCGGUUACCUGUCUUUGAGACGAUUGGUCGUACAGCGCACGAGACUUACUGAUGACACACAAGAGAAGCUCUUGGAACUACUUGAAGAGAUGACUACAGGAACCGAGACAGAAACAGCAGAGUUCAUGGCGGUCUGUAUCGAGACUGUACAGAAAUACCCGCUGCACGACUACCGCACACCGGUGUUUAUCUUCGAGCGGCUAUGUUCCAUUAUCUAUCCGGAGGAAAACGAUGUCGGCGAGUUCUUCCUAACGCUUGAGAAGGACCCGCAACAGGAAGAUUUCCUUCAGGGUCGUAUGUUAGGCAACCCUUAUUCGUCGUUAGAGCCCGGCAUGGGCCCUUUGAUGCGCGAUGUGAAAAACAAGAUCUGCACCGACUGCGAACUUGUCGCGCUGCUAGAAGACGACAAUGGGAUGGAGUUGCUCGUUUGUAACAAAAUCAUGUCACUCGAUCUUCCUGUCAAGGAAGUUUAUAAGAAGGUAUGGUGUACAUCGGGCGAAGGCGUGGACGCCAUGCGCGUGGUUUACCGCAUGCGAGGAUUACUCGGCGACGCCACUGAAGAAUUUGUCGAAACGCUUAGCCAAACCAAUGCGGAGGCGGUCGACGAUGAACAGGUGUAUCGCAUGGCUAACGUCCUUGCUGAUUGUGGCGGACUAGAGGUGAUGCUGCAGCGAUUGGCCGCUAUCCAGCGCGUGGGGGCGGCCCGAGCCCUGUGCUCGACGCUGCUCCGCCUGCUGGCGCUGUGCACGCGCGUGCGCCGCGGCGUGCGCGUGCUGACGCGCGCCGAGACGCGCGCGCUGCCCGUGCUGUUGCACGCGCUGCAUCUCGCCGCGCAGGAGGAACGAGACAUGCCCCGAGCUGAGCUUGUCUAUCAACUUUUGGAGAUCAUGGAACGCAUUCUCUCCGUGGCAGCAAGUGAGAGCCUCGAAUCAUUCCUGCAGUUCUCACUAACUUUCGGAGGUCCCGAAUACGUUCAAGCUCUGCUCAACUGCACGGAAUGUCCAGGAAUCCGUAACAACUCAGUAGCUCUGGGCCACCUAACCCGCGUCCUAGCAGCUUUAGUAUACGGCAAUGAUCUCAAGAUGGCCAUGCUGGUCGACCACUUUAAGCCCGUAUUAGACUUCGACCGCUUGGAUUCGGAGCAAUGGACCGAGGAAGAGUUCCGCAUGGAACUAUUCUGUGUACUCUGCGCCAAUAUCGAGAGAAAUUCAAUAGGUGGCACGCUCAAGGAUUACCUUAUAUCGCUUGGGGUUGUUCGUGACGCUUUGGAUUAUAUUCAGAAACACGCACCUUGUGUGAAACCAACUCUAGUCCUAACUGAUUCCGACGAACUGAAGGAGUUUAUCAGCCGCCCCGCGCUCAAAUACAUCCUGCGCUUCCUUACCGGGCUCGCUACUGACCAUGAGCCUACCCAGAUGCUAGUAUGCGAGAAAGUAAUUCCAAUCGUGCACCGUCUGGAGCAAGUGUCUUCGGGCGAACACGUCGGGUCACUAGCUGAGAACCUUCUGGAAGCGCUCCGUUCACAGCCGCAGUGUGCCGCCAAGGUGCAGCAAGUCCGCGAUUUUACUCGACAGGAAAAGAAACGCCUCGCCAUGGCAGUCCGAGAACGACAACUUGGCGCAUUAGGUAUGAGAAGCAACGAGCGUGGACAGGUGACGGCGCAGUGCUCUUUGACGCAGCAGGUUGCAGACCUCGCCGAGGAGGCGGGAGCUGUAUGCUGCAUCUGUCGCGAGGGGUACAAAUAUCAGCCUACCAAGGUGCUGGGCAUCUACACGUUCACAAAGCGGUGCCCUGUGGAGGAGUAUGAGGUGCGCGCACGCAAGACGCUCGGCUACACUACUGUCUCUCACUACAACAUAGUGCACGUCGAGUGCCACAUGGCCGCUGUCAGGCUUGCUCGUGCCAGAGACGAAUGGGAGAGCGCUGCACUGCAAAAUGCAUCUACGAAGUGCAAUGGCCUGCUGCCGCUGUGGGGUCCUCACGUGCCGGAGUCCGCGUACGCUAGCUGCCUCGCUCGACAUACCACCUACCUGCAGGAAUGCACAGGGCAUCGUGACAUCGGCCACACGUGCACGAUCCAUGACCUGAAAUUGCUGCUGCAGCGAUUCGCACGCGGGCGCACCUUUCACGACGACACGGGCGGCGGUGGACCGCUGUCUAAUAUGCAGCUCGUGCCGGCGCUCAUUCAUAUGGCACUCUAUGUCAUCAAUACGACCCGCGUGGCGGCCCGUGAGGUGACGGCGCUGGAGGCGUCUCUUGCAUGGGCACCGCCGCGCGUACUUGAGUCCGCCCAUGACGCAGAAAGCCCGCUCUACUUCAUCACGCUCAUGUUGCUACUCUAUCCUCACGCCAAAUGGCGUUCAUUGAAAGUGGACAUGCUUGAGCGUCUUCUGAUAAUCGGGCACGUGCGCGCGGCGGCGCCGGGCGGGCCGGCGAUGCGCGCGUUGCCCGCCGACCACCGCCAGGUCAAACCCUGGGCGGAUUACAAACCCUACGCGCUCUUCGUCGCCAUUAUCGACCAGCUCUACAAUGUUAUGUUUAAGAACGUCAGUGCAACAGCAGUAGACCAAUGGCCGAUCAAAUUGGCAGAGUACAUUAGACACAACGACGAAGCUAACGCAAAGGCAGCUGAGAAGAUAGUCACGACUCUCACUGAUGAGCUUCUUCCUUGCGCUUCCUUCGCCGAGUUUUGCGAUGCAGCUGGCUUUCUCGAAGACAUCCCUGAACCCGACGCGUUCCUACAAGUCCUCGUUGAAGAACAACCUUGAUUAUGGCCUUCUCCGCCUCAGUGCCUCGGCUACAAUAGCUGUACGGCCUCAUAGAACUUUUUGUGCUAACAAAUUGUUUCGUAUUACUUUACACAGACACGGAUCGUUUUGAAGUGCACUACAGCCCUAAGAAAGCUCCUGGUAGAAUAAGUUAGAAUUUGUUCAAUUUUCUACCACAUUCAUGUGAGCCUUACCGUGAUAUAUUACACACCCUUUACGUCAUCAUUGGGCUAAUUACGUCAAAUUCCUUUCACUUUAUUAGGCCAAUGCUUAUAAUAAUUAUGUCAAUAAAUAUUAUAUGCAAUAAACAAUACCCAUUUAAAUUUCAAAUAUUCUAUUUUAUCUAAUUUAAUAUAAAUGUAAUAGAUUUGUUUCGGUGCUUGAAUUGUAUCGGCUUUUGUGUUUAUUUUAAUAAAUAUUAUGUUUC